AGCCCAGGCCGUCACGUGGUGCCAACGAGUCGCCAGGCGCCAAAUUCAAACCGGGAAACGAUCUCUUCUGCGAACAGCAGCCGAGUCCGGAAGUGCCGGAGUUGCCGCUUCCCUCCUUACGUGCUGUCCGGCUGGGGAGUUGGAUUUGUUCUUGUCCCUUUCAAUGGAGAGUGACUGUAUAGACCAAUAAUGAGGACCAGCCCUUGCAGGCCCUUAAUUCUCAAAAGACGGAAACUGACCCUUCCACAGAAAGACAUAUCCAGUACUUCAGCAAAAGAUGAGAGCAGUGGUCAGGAUGAAAAGAUUCAUAUGCAGGAGCACAGCCAGGAGGACCGACACAACAGCCAACCCAGAGACAAAAGGAACUGUACCCUGCAGAAAUUCCCAGCAGCAAUAAAGAUAAUUGACCAUCCUACCAUGCCCAACACACAAGUGGUGGCCAUCCCUACGAAUGCUGAUAUCCAGAGCAUCAUAGAGGCACUGACAGCAAAAGGAAAAGAAUGCGGCAACAAUGGGCCAAACAAGUUCAUUCUCAUUAGCAGUGAGGGCACGUCUCGUUCAGCAGGUCCAACACCAUCACAGCAUCUCCCAUCAGAGAAGAAACCCGGUGCAGCAACCAAGGCUGCAGGUGGUCAAGAAAGGGACAACAAUGUUAGACAGACACCUGGUCUUGCAGGAGAGACUAUGCACUGCCAUUCAGGACUUGAUUUGGUGCUUGGACAGGAACAGGAGAGCAACAGCAGUGGCAAGACAAUGAGCUCUGUGUUGGACGAUAGUCUCACUAACAUCCAGUGGCUGGGGAAGAUGAGAUCUGGUGGGCUAAGUCCCUGUUCUGUGAAGGGAGACACAGAGAAAGAGAACCAGAUACCUCUGCGGGAAAAAAUCAAGACUGCAGAAGAUCCUACUGCUGCUGCAAUUCCUACUGCCGCUGCCACCUCCUCCCCCCCAUGGCAGGGUUCAGUGUCGGAGCGACCUCCUUACUCCUACAUGGCCAUGAUCCAGUUUGCCAUCAACAGCACUGAGAAGAAGCGUAUGACUCUGAAGGACAUCUAUACCUGGAUUGAGGAUCAUUUCCCAUAUUUUAAACAUGUGGCUAAGCCAGGUUGGAAGAACUCCAUUCGGCACAACCUGUCCCUUCAUGAUAUGUUUGUCCGUGAGACAUCUGCUAGUGGUAAAAUCUCUUUCUGGACUAUUCACCCUGAUGCAAACCGUUGCCUGACGUUGGACCAGGUAUUUAAGCCACUGGACUUGGGGUCACCAACAUCGCCUGAGCACUCUGAAUCAAAGCAAAAGCGACAUCUUCCUGAUCCUCAGAAGACCACGGGAAGCAACAGCAGCAAAGCUGAACCCCAGAAUGCACGACGAAAGAUGAAGCCUUUGCUUCCUCGCAUCAACUCCUACCUGGUUCCAAUCCAGUUUCCUUUGAGUCAGCCUCUUGUCUUGCAGCCUUCUAUGAAGGUUCCUCUACCCAUGGCACAGGGAGCAUUCCUCAACAGCUCAGAGACUUUCCGGAGCAAUAAGCGUGUGCGCAUUGCUCCAAAGACGUCACUCUCUGCAGAAGAGCCAUCCUCUUUACCCAUGGCUGCUAUCAAGGAGGAGAGUCAAUGUGAUGAACGUUCAUUUUCCCCAACACAUUCCCUAAAGGAGACAAGCUGCCAGCCUGGUGAGGAAUCAGCUUCUUUCCCUGAGAACAUCUGUAUAAAGGAGGAAGAAAGCUCUCAACUGGAUGACUGUCUGUCCCCAUUUGCCUCAACCCUAACAGUAAAGGAAGAGCGAGGCUUGUUCCUCCCAGUCUCAUCCACAAAAGAGAAGAAACAAUUCACCGUACUGAAGUCACCAUCUAAUGGUGACACGUUAGUUAUAAAGAGGCGUGAAAGGCUGGAAGUGGGAAGAUCCAGAAGGAAACAGCGCCUAGCACUGCCUUGCUCAGAAGAGCCUGUCCUUGUUUUGCCAGAAAGCAAUGGCUUUGACCCCUACCAGUUAGGGACAGAGUCCCCUUUCCUUCAGGAAUGCCAGCCUCUUGAGAAUGUGUCACAGCUUAGUUGCUCACAGGGGGAAGAGGGGCCCUUUAAAACACCAGUCAAAGAGAUUUUCAGCAAAUUGCCAGUUUCUUCCACUCCCAGCAAAGCCUCAGCAACUACUACCUCCCCACUAGGAGGCCUUGACCCCUGGAAGUCUGCAUUCUUAUCCAAGGGAAGUCAUGAGCUGGACUUCAGUCCAGUGAGAACCCUUCAGUUGCCAUUCACACCCCUCCAGGAGAACCAAGACUUGCUGGACUUCAACAGCACACCGAUUAAAAAUGCCCUCUUUGAGUCCCCUCAGGAACUGCUGAAUACAGAAUCCAGUGACAUAGUGCAUGCCCCCCUCAUGAGCUCUCCAGCUUUCACUCACGAGUCUACUAAGCAGUCAGCUGUUGAACUGCCAGCCAGUGGCUUUACUGAAAACCGGUCACUCAUGGAGGGCCUGAUCCUAGACACCAUGAAUGACAGUCUGAGCAAAAUCCUUCUAGAUAUCAGUUUUCCUGGUCUGGAGGAUGAAAACUUAGGAACAGACAUUAGUUGGUCUCAGCUCAUACCUGAACUGAAGUAAACUGGCCUGAGGACUGAAUUUGGCUUGUUCUGGUAUUACAGAAAGCACUCUUCUGAGAUCUGUUCAUGUAGUCUAAGGGGACUGCUUUUAACUAAUUCCCACAUUCAUGGGAACACAGGGCAUUAUUGACUCCUGCUAAGCUGGGAGACAGGCCCAUUAGCUGCUAUGAGCUGUAUUUAUAAGCUGCAAUAGACUAUUUUAUGUGAAACGGGAUAGAACCUCUUUAACCUUGUGGUAGAGGUGAGGGUGCCUGGAGAGAGGUUAUAAAGAGAAUGUCUAGGCAGGCCCUGAAUGGUAUUUGCUGUUCAACAUAUCAGAUGAAAUGGAUGCACUCCUCAGUUAUGUACAAUAGGAAAGAGCGUAGGAACCUCCUAACUCUGUCCUUACUUCCCUUUACUUCCUUCUCCUAUUACUUAGUAUCUUCUGUAUAGUUUUAAUGGCUGUAAAUACUGUACAUUCCUUAAACUAGCCCUUAAUUAUAAUAAGAUUUUUAUUCUUGUAGGGUUAUGGGAAUAUUUGGGCUGGUAAAACACUUAGAGUGUUUUCCAUAUGUUCCACAUCUCCUGUAAUCUUCUACUCUAGAUAAGAGCCCAAAAAAACUUUUUUCUUUGACUUUUGAAACACACUGAUCUAGACUGUUCUGAAGGUUACUGGGGCAAAGAUCUGAAAAAUCACCUAUAUGUGACUCAAGCUGAAACAGAUUAUCUAGAUUGCAGCAUAAAAUUUUGGCUUGGUUUCCUCUUCCCAGGCUGCGAUCGAGAAGAGCUUGCAUCAAGCUCUAUAACUCUUCUGGUUCCAGAGUCCUAUUAUUAUGUACCUAGAGGACUAGGUAAAGUCACUGUUGCAGUAAGAUGAACUUCUGUUGAAUGGUUAAAGCUGCUACAAUCAUCAGUUGAAAAGGUAAAAAAAGAACCUAUAAAGGCUGAUAUUUCCACUGAAAAGUGACCUCUGGAAACACAAAGUAUAGCUUCUCUUGGUGCAAUAGGACAACUCAUCCAAGUUCUCUAGAAGUCAUGUCAAAAGAGGAGAUUGCUAUGGAACAGACCUGAUCUUUCUGCUUACAGGCAAAUGAUGGUUCAUGCAUCUACAUACUCAAUAAAGCUUCUGUGGGAACACA